AUGGCCCAGGAAGACAAGUUAUCAAUCGAUAAACUUGAUGGUGUGAAGAAUUGGCAAAUAUGGAAGUAUCAGAUGACAGCAAUUUUGGAAGCUAGAGAAUUAAUUGUAUGGUCAUACUGAUGGAACACUAACUCGCCCAAGUGGAUCGGACAGCAGUUCUGGGGCAACUGCGUCGUUUGAAAAAGCUCAAAAGAAGACAAAAGCUCUCAUAGUUACGUCUAUUAAAUCGGAUCUUAUUUACCUUAUAACCGAAUGCCAAACUCCAAAAGAAAUAUGGGAUAAGUUAAAGCAACGCUUUGAACGAGAUACGAUUGCGAACAAAUUAUUUCUGAAGCAAAGAGUUUUCUCCCUAAAAGUGAAAGAGUCAGAUUCUCUUGAUGAACACUUGCGAAGGAUGAAAGUGAUUACUGAUCAAUUGGCCGCUAUCAAAGCACCAAUUCCAGAGGGUGAGCAUAUAGUCGCAUGCAUUAUUAUUAAGUCUACAACAUUCAUAUAACACCUUGGUAACCGCACUAACUGCCAAAGGAGAUGAACUAAACCUGAGUCAACUGAAUCAAGCAUUGUUAAACGAGGAAGAAAAACGCAAGCAAAGUAAGAGUAAAGUCGGUGGUGGUGGUGGAGCUGAGGAUUGCGAAUCUGCAUUGCAACAUAACAAGUUAGAUCGAAAGCCUAUUAAGUGUUAUGGUUGUGGAGAAGGUCAUGUUAUUCCAAAUUGUCCUCAGAAAAAAGAAAAAAACAGUAUCGACGAAAUAAAAAUCAAGGGAAAUUUGACAAAUCAUCAAAGCACAAUGCAGCUCCUGCUCAUGGGGACACUGAUAAGAAUGAUGUUUGUGGCGCUAAUGUGUUUGCUGUUGGACUAAGUGUUAUGAAAGGAGAUGACUACUGGAUUAUCGACUCAGGCGCAUAUCAACAAAUGACUUCAAGUCGUGAUUUAUUGAUGAACUAUCAAGAGAUUUUGGAGCCAGAACCAGUUGUUCUUGGAGAUGGUCGAUCUGUGCAUGCUUUGGGAACUGGUGAAAUAUCCAUUACUAUGCUGCUUGGUCCUAAAAAGAAAGAUGAACGAAAAUCAACUAUGACCAAAGUACUGUAUGUUCCCAAGUUAGCCGCAAAUCUAUUUAGUGCUCGUGCGGCAGCUACGAAAGAAAAAGUGGUGCAAUUUGGACAUACACUUUGCUGGAUCAAGGACUUUCAAGGAAAGGUUGUAGCGAGAGGUCGUCUUGUUGGCAACAUGUAUCGUCUGGACUGCAGAGUAGAAAGACAAGAAAAACAAGUGUCAGUUGCAGAAAGAUCAAGUGACAAAAUAAAUAUGUGGCAUCAAAGGAUGGCUCAUUUGAACGCUGGCCGAUGGUUUCAAGAGAGAUAG